AGUUGUGCUUUACGCUCGCAGACGUCCUCGAGCUGCGUCGGGGUGAGACAACUACGGGACGGCUGGUGCAGAGCCUCGUUUAAUCUAUGCCUGCUGAUCUGGAGAGGAGGAAGAUCGUAUGAAUGGCCCGCUAUGGAGGAAGUGCCGGUUUCUCGAGUGCAUGCACGGCGCAGAAAAAGGCGCCUGGCCAGGACAGGGAUUCCUUGCCAGGACGAGUUCGACUGCAAGGAGCUAGAGAACCUUUUUCAGAAGUAUAAUCUAAAACUAGAGCAGACCGCAACGCUUAAAGCGUUGGCCGUGCUCAUCCUCGCUGCGUCCGCACUCGCUUUGGUCGAACUGCUGUCCGCUGGCUCGCGCUUCACCGUCUCCAAAGGCUCGCACCCGGUGCACUGCGUCAUCUUCACCUCGCUCUUCAUAGUCACCAACGUCAAGUACCUGCAGGUGACGCAGCUGCAACAGAUCGCCAGGCUCGCCCUGCUCUUCAGCUUCACGUUCGCGCUUCUUUGCUGCCCGUUUCCACUCGCGCUCGGGCCUGGAACGCAGCACGGCGCGCACGGCGCACACGGACCCGACGCGGCCGCUACCGCACCUGAGCAAGGUGUGUGGCAGCUUAUGCUCGUCACAUUCGUCGCUUACUCUUUGUUGCCGGUGAGGACCCUCUUAGCCAUCGUGUUCGGCGUGCUGGUCGCUGCAUCCCAUUUUAUAGUGACUGCCACGUCUCUAACUGCCCUCAGACCGCUCGUCUGGAGUCCGCUGGUGGCAAACGCAGUGCUGCUGAUUGGUGUGAACCUGUCAGGUGUGUUUGUUCGAGUCCAUACUGAGCGUGCCCAGCGGAAGGCCUUUCUGCAAGCUAGAAGCUGCAUCCAGGAACGGCUGCAGCUGGAGGACGAAAAUGAAAAACAGGAACGCCUCCUAAUGAGCCUGUUACCCAGAAACGUCGCCAUGGAGAUGAAGGAGGACUUUCUCAAACCUCCAGAAAGAAUCUUCCAUAAGAUCUACAUCCAACGUCAUGAUAAUGUGAGUAUCCUGUUUGCAGAUAUUGUUGGGUUCACCAGUUUGGCUUCUCAAUGCACAGCUCAGGAGUUGGUCAAAUUGUUGAACGAACUCUUUGGGAAGUUUGAUGAGCUCGCCACAGAAAACCACUGCAGAAGGAUAAAGAUCCUGGGAGACUGUUAUUACUGCGUGUCUGGUCUGACCCAACCCAAAGCUGACCAUGCCCACUGCUGUGUGGAAAUGGGCCUCGACAUGAUUGACACCAUCACGUCUGUUGCAGAGGCGACGGAGGUGGAUCUGAACAUGCGUGUGGGAUUACACACAGGUCGUGUGCUGUGCGGGGUUCUGGGAUUGAGGAAGUGGCAGUAUGAUGUUUGGUCAAACGAUGUGACGCUGGCAAACAUGAUGGAGGCGGGAGGACUUCCAGGUAAGGUUCAUAUCACCAGAGCCACUCUUGAAUGUCUGAAUGGAGAUUAUGAGGUGGAGCCAGGUUAUGGGCACAAGAGACAUGCCUUCCUCAGCAAACACGCCAUCGAGACCUUUUUUAUUGUGCCCUCUCACAGACGCAAGCCAGCAAAGAAGAUGAAGUUUAAGACGGUCUGCUACCUGCUGGUGCAGCUCAUGCACUGUAGGAAGAUGUUUAAGGCUGAGAUUCCUUUCUCCAAUGUCAUGACCUGCGAGGAUGACGAUAAGAGACGAGCGCUACGCACAGCAUCAGAGAAGCUACGCAACCGCACCUCAUUCUCAGGAGUAGCGCACAACUCACCCGGCACACGUGUGAACCGCUACAUUGGAAGACUGAUCGAAGCUCGACAAACCGAAUCAGAAACUGCGGAUCUCAAUUACAUCACUCUGACCUACAGGAGCAGAGAAAGAGAAAGAACGUAUCAGCAGGUUUAUGAUGAUGGCUUUAUCAGUGCUGUGGUGAUCUCUCUCAUCCUCACUUCACUCUUCGCUCUCGUCUAUUUUCUGAUUAUACCUCAAGGUCUGGUGAUUGUCAUUUUGCUGGUUGUUUGUAUCUGUUUUCAUAUGGUGAGCGUAAUGUAUCUUCACAUCACUCACAUACAGUGCUCUCCAGACUGUCUCACUCUGCAGAUUAGGACGGUUCUGUGUGGCUUUCUGGUCCUUCUGACGUAUUCUGUGACGCAGGGCUGUGUGGUGACAUGCAUGCCAUGGUCAUGGGAAGCCAACUCCAGCAUCUCCAUUAUCACAGUUGUCAUAGUGAACGGCACGGCAGUGGGCACAGGUGUGUGUAAAUACACUCCAUAUGUGUUCUUGUCUUGCGUGAUGGCAUCCCUGUCUGUGGCUCUAUACCUGCGUGUUUCAUCACUACCCAAGAUUCUCUUGCUUCUUCUCCUCAACGUCCUCCAUACCGUUGUCAUGGAGACCAGCGGCUACCGGCAGGCUGUGGGAGGAGGGUUCUUUCACAUACAUGGGUAUGAUCCUGUUCUGGCCAUGCUCCUCUUUUCUGGUGCAAUGAUACUCCACUUCAGACAACAAGACCUCAAACUCAGGCUUGACUACCUAUGGGCUACACAGGCUGAAGAGGAAAGAGAUGACAUGGAGAAAGUGAAACUAGACAAUAAGAGGAUUCUGUUUAACCUGCUCCCUGCUCAUGUGGCCCAGCACUUUCUCCUGUCCAACCCACGCAACAUGGACCUGUACUAUCAGUCCUACUCUCAGGUGGGUGUCCUGUUUGCCUCCAUCCCAAAUUUUAACGACUUCUACAUCGAGCUGGAUGGAAACAACAUGGGUGUAGAGUGUUUGCGGCUUCUCAAUGAGAUCAUCGCAGACUUCGAUGCACUGCUGGAUAAGGAGUGCUAUAAGGACAUUGAGAAGAUUAAAACUAUAGGCAGCACUUACAUGGCAGCAGUGGGCCUUGUACCUACCACUGGAUCUAAGGCCAAGAAGUCCAUUUCUGAACAUUUAUGCACAGUGGCCGACUUCGCAAUAGAGAUGUUCAGAGUUCUAGAUGCGAUAAACUACCAGUCAUACAAUGACUUUGUGCUUCGCGUGGGCAUUAAUGUAGGUCCAGUGGUUGCAGGAGUUAUUGGAGCCCGAAGACCUCAGUAUGACAUUUGGGGAAACACAGUGAAUGUGGCCAGCAGGAUGGACAGCACUGGAGUACAAGGCAAAAUCCAGGUGACCGAGGACGUCUUCCGCCUCCUCUCUGGCCAAUACCGCUUCCUAUGCCGUGGUCAGGUCAGUGUGAAAGGCAAAGGUCAAAUGCUUACCUACUUCCUAGAGAGCUUGUCUGAUGAAGGCCCACUCCAAUCCUGCUCCCAGAGCCUGGAGCACCGGGAAAGCCCGUGUAUCCAGACCAAUUUGAGCCACGCCCCCACUGCGAGCAGUUAUGGGGUCAAAGCACAGAAUGUUGGGCCUGGUCCCACCUCCUCCAAAAGCAGAAUCCUUUACCUGCCCUCUGUCUCUGUAGAUGUGGAGAUGGAGGUGUGACUGAUGAGGAGGCAUUAUCUAUGGCAACCAACCAGUCUGUGAAUAUAAGGGGAGUGAGACAUGAAGGAAUGAAGGGGGUGAAUGAGGACACAGAAGAAAACACUGGCACCGAAACACUUGAGAACAAAAAUGAGAGAGAUGCAUGACGGAGAAACCAGAAAUCCACAGGGAGACUGUGAUGUUUAAACAAGAUGAGAGACAGACAUUUAAAUCUCUCACGCAGAGAAUAACCCACCUCCCCACACAAAUACAAACAUAAAGAGCAGAUUUGUCUAUUUGUGCAUAUCUGUGUGUGUGUGUGUGUGUGUGUGUGUGUGUGUGUGUGUGUGUGUGUGUGUGUGUGUGUGUGUGUGUGUGUGUGUGUGUGUGUGGGUUUGUGUGGGUUUGAUUUAAUGAGUCUUCCUCAGUCUAGCUAGAUAUCAGGGGCUCCAAAAGAGGAGCAUGUGUUUUACCAUAAUGGCAGCUUCACACCAACAAAGGAGCUACACACACUCCGCUGUGUGUGAGUUUGUGUGUAUGUUUGCCUAUGAAAAUAAUAAGUAACGGUAGGAAAUUAAUGCCAUGGCAUUAACCAUUCAAAGCACGUGUAUGCAGUGGGGACCAAACAGUUAUCAUUUAAACAGCGCUGUAUUUUAAAUGUGUGUGUUUGAGUUAGCAUGUGAAAAACUGGCAGGGAGAAUAUUUAUGGGAAUCUAGUUCCAACUAUGAAAUCAAUCAAUGCACAUGGUAUGACGAGGGAAGAAAAACCUGUUGGUGUUCUGUUUAGUCUGUGGUAAGUUUAUGAAAAUGUGAGGCAAUUCACAACCUGUAUUGAUGUGGAAAAAAAUGAAUCUCUGAUUUGUAUCCUUUAAAGUAUUUCUUCUUGUUGCCUUUUUGAGUGAACUGAUGAAAUAAGUGAGUGAACAGAUGAUACUUUCUAUCCAGAGGCUAAAAUCUUGUAAAUAUUGUCCUGUUACCAUUAACAAUAGGAUAAGACGUGGGUUCCAAACAUCAGUAAAGUAAAGCUGCUAACGCUUACACACUGGUGCUUGGAGAGUAGGAACAUUCUUGACGUCAGUGUACACUUCCUGCUGCUCUUUGACCUUUUACUAUGACGAAGAUUUUGUGUCUGACACAAACAUAAAUACGGAACAAGCUUUCGACUUACACGCUAAAGGUGGUGGUGUGUUCCCAGAAUCCAGAACAGUACGUGUGAAAUCAGUAUGUGAAGCAGUGUCUUAGCUGUUCAUAAAGAAUAAAAUGUGCGAUAUCCGCUGCAAGAAACUUAAGUGUCUAAUGGGGAUAAUAAGCAGCUUUUUAUAAGUUUGAAAAUAGCUCACAUGGCUUGUACUUAUUUGUGGAAACAGUUGUGAUAUUUGUUCUAUUCAGAGUUUCUAAGUAGGCUAAUGCUCAGCUGGAUCUUGCUAGUGCUGGUGGCAAGGGGAUUAAGAAGGAGUGCUAGCAUAGAAAAAACUACAUUGGAUUUAAAUAGUGGUGGCUGCUGUCAUACAUACUCAGAAUAUAUGGAUCUCCAUGCAUUCAGGGUAUAAAAUGGGCCUCUGACAUUUUGGUUUAUUGGGCAUAAAGUGUAUUUGAUUGGAUCAGUUAGUAACUAAUAUUUAUUUUACUAGAUAUAUAUUUUUUUUCAUUUCUUGGUGAAAUGCUACUGUAACUUUGAUAUUUCUCCGAAUAUGCCUAGAGAAUGAAGUUGGCUUCAAGCUUGCUGUUCUGCAUGUCCCUCUUCGCAUGCCACAGUUCUACCUUGUCUUGUUCUUUUUGCUAAUUGCAAUGUGACUCUAAUGCAUGACUAAUGCAAAAACCUGAAGAAAAAAGGGUGAAACAUGUAAUGGGUAACUAUUUAGAAAAGUCUUUUAGUUAGUUGCACGGCAUGAAUGUAGAAGAGUGGCCUUUUGUUCAUUUUUUCCGUGUUUUUGGUCUCAAACCUUUAUUGACAGCUUGUCUGCUUUUUUUUCUCCAUGCAUGGUGCUGUGAAGUGUUGGAGAAAGCUUGGGAGUUUUGUAGCGUCGCUGCCUUUUUUGGCUCUUGAGGUGACUGCCUUCUAUCCAGGGGUUGUUGGUUUGGGUGUAAUUCCUUUGUGCCAACACAUUUUGUUACCAACAUAUCAAUUCCAGUGUUAUAUUGUAGCACAAUUUUGUGAUAUUGUGUUUUAUUCAACUUUUUAAAAUAAUACAGUUUUAUAAGCGCUCGAUCCAUCAGAAGUACAGUUAUGGCUUCCUGUAAAAUGUCGGGGUUAGAUGUUUCGAUGUUGGGUGUCUUCUUCUGGGGUUUGGAGAAGUAUAUUUUCUUGAAUAUCCAUUAGUGAUACAUUAGUGACAUAAAACAAGGUUCUAUAAGCAUAUAACUGGACACAAAAUUACACUUUGAGCAUUGUUGCACUUCUUGUAGUCAACAACAUAUGUUCAUCCCAAAAGUGAAGGUUUUAAAAUCAAAAUAGAACUGAGCAAUCCAACAUAAUUUCAUCUUUCUUUAUGAUAAAUGUACAGUAUAUAAAAACCAUUAUAGAAAAACCAAACUCUUCAUUUUAUCUCUGAAUAUGCCUAGAUCAGAGUUUAUGAUCGAACCAAUGUAGCCACAUGAAAAAUGAUCUAUUUUCUAUAUAUAAACUACGGUGGCCUAAUAUACUGUCAUGCUAAAUAUUACAACUUUAAUAAUGCAUAAAAUGUUCACAGUAAACACCCUAGAUUUUCAUGUUAAUUAGAUAUUUUCUUAUAUGAUACGGGUUUAAAAUAUUACAUGUAUGGAAUCUACUGCAGAGUAAACUGAAAGUAUUUUACUUAUAACCUUAAAUAUAUGUGCUAUUUUUUGGGGUUGCAAUGUAUUUAUUGCAAUGUUGAUAUAUAUGUGAAUGUAAAUUUCAUAUUGAGAACUUUUAUACUUGUGUUUGCACUGUUCUGGAAUAAAAUGACAAUGAGAGACUAAGCUGGAGUUCAGUCUGUUUGGGU